GUGUAGGCCUGUUUUCAGGUUGCAAAGGAAAUGCGAUUUGCAAAAUCUCACUGUUUAAACUCCAGGACUUUAAUGGAAAUGAGAAACAACAGCUGCAAUUAUAGACCGUUCCCAUAAUCUCUCUUUCUUGUCUUUUGAUGUGCUGCCUGUGGCUAAAAUAAAAACUUAGCUGAGAAAGGCCCCGCCCUGGAAAUGACUUGUGCAGCCAACGACAGAUUGCGUGUUGUUGUUGUUUUGUUCAAAGACACUCAGGUUAAAGAGCUGGAGAUCAUUCAAAGCCUGUCCCUUCCAUGUGUGCAUGGUUACAACCUCAGCUUCUGAAAGCAAAACAGGAAAGCUGUGGAGGAACUUUGGCAGCGGAAGGGGUUAAAUGAAACCCAACUCUCCUUUUCCUGUGCAGUAAAGGAUUAGUAACCAAACAGAAGCUAGAGGAGAGAGGUGGUGUUAAAGAGCCACUGAUUGAGCUGGAAGGCUGAGGACUUGAGUGGUGGUGAUCUAAGGUAGCAUUGCUGCCUCUUGCAGUCAUCUGUGAGCAGACAAGCACAGCCACAGGACAUGAUGACAUUUGUGUUCCUACUGCUUAUACUAACAGUGAUGCCUUCUUCCAUGUUGGCGGCUCGUAAAGCAAAGAGGCAAACUGACUUCUGGGGGAGCUGGGGAGAAUGGGGCGACUGCAGCAGGAGCUGCGGUGGAGGCGUCAGUUUUCGGCAGCGACGCUGUUACUCAAUAAGGGCAGAUGGUGGGUUCAGCUGCAUAGGACCGACCCGAAACUAUCGCUCGUGCAAUGUUAAGAACUGUCCUGAGGGCUCCAGAGAUUUUCGAGCAGAGCAAUGUGCUGAGUUUGAUGGGAUAGAAUUUCAGGGAAAGAGAUACAAGUGGCUUCCUUAUUAUGGAGCACCCAAUAAAUGUGAACUAAACUGUAUCCCAAAGGGAGAAAACUUCUACUACAGGCACAAAGACACCGUGACUGAUGGGACACCCUGUGAGCCAGGGAAGCAUGAUAUCUGUGUGGAAGGAGUCUGCCAAGCCGUUGGCUGCGAUAACAUUCUGGAUUCUUCCAAGAAGGAAGACAAGUGCCUUCAAUGUGGUGGAGAUGGCAGAGCCUGUUUUGAGGUGAAGGGCUUCUUUGAUGUGCCCAACCUCCCUAAAGGCUACAAUCAAAUCUUCAUCAUUCCCAUGGGGGCCACAAGCAUCCGGAUUAAGGAAGCGACACCUACCAGGAACUUCUUGGCCAUCAAGAACGCGCAAGGGGCCUACUAUCUGAAUGGCCACUGGACGAUUGAGUUCAGCCGUGCCUUGCAUAUUGCUAGCACAGUUGUGCAUUAUGACAGGGGUUCUGAGGGAGAUCUGGCACCCGAACUUCUUCACGCCAGAGGCCCAACUACUGAGCCCUUGGUCAUUGAGCUUAUCAACCAGGAGCCAAACCAAGGGGUACAUUAUGAAUACUACCUGCCAACACAAAGGCAGAGCUUGGGCUACAGCUGGGCCUAUGGUUCCUGGGGCGAAUGCAGUGCUGAGUGUGGUGGAGGUUAUCAGACACGCUUGGUCUUUUGCACAAUUGACAAUGAAGUAUAUCCAGAUUAUAUGUGCAGAGAUAAACCACAGCCAGAAAAUAACCAAACUUGUGGCCUUCAGCCAUGUCCCCAGACAAAACGAUGGAAGAUUGGGGAAUGGGGAGCUUGUUCUGCCACCUGUGGAGGAGGCACCCAGACUCGUUCCGUUUAUUGCGUCUCCCACCACGGACCUGGUUCUCAAAAUGCUGUGGAUGAUGCCGAGUGCGCAUCCUUGACAGAGAGGCCGCGUAGCACACAGCCUUGCAACAUGCGUCAGUGUGCAGCAUGGACCACAGGGCCUUGGUCUGAGUGCACAGCUAGUUGUGGGGAAGGUAUUCAGACCCGGACUGUAAACUGCAUGUCGGAGCUGGGCACUCGGACUCUCGAAGUUGCCUGCUUGACACAACCAAAACCUUCACGCACCCAGUCCUGCACUGGUGAGAAUUGUAUCCAAGAGAUCGGCUGGCAUAUUGGAGACUGGGGACUGUGCUCAAAGAGCUGUGACUCAGGCAUCCGAACGCGCCAGGUCAUGUGUGCAGACGGGGAUUCCAAGUUCUACAACCACGAGAUGUGCCGGGCCAUUCAGCCGCAGAUACCAGCCAUGCUUGGAACAUGCAACACCCAGCCUUGUCAUCUGCCACAGCAGGUUCCCAGUAUGCAAGACUCUGCAGGCUAUGAUGUCAACCGCCAGACCUCACUGACCCGAUACAAUCCUGACCUCGGCACCAUAGCUUCUGCAAAUGAAAGAAUAACCCAAGCUGGUUCUACUACUCAUCACCAAGUCCAGCCUAAUGGAGAUCAUGACUCCAAUUUCUUGCCCCUUCAAUGGGAGUCUUACUUAGGAUCCUCAGCGUCCCGCCACUUCAGUUCCCAUCAAAAUGUUGCCUCAACAACUGAAGUUCAAGACUGCAACCAGAGCCUUCAUGGUUGCUGUUCAGAUGGCCAGACUGUGGCCGCUGGUCCUUUUGGGCAAGGCUGCCCAUUUGACACUUGCCAUCAGAGCAGGUAUGGGUGCUGUCCUGAUGGAAUAUCACCUUCUCAGGGGCCAAACAAGGAAGGGUGCCCACAAUACUACAGUGAUGUUUAUGUGAACAGGAAUGAACCUGCUGUUGCUGCUCCAACAGUAAGGGUGACUCCAGACAUCCUUCUUGUUGUGCGUUCAUAAUGAUUUGUGCUCAUGAUGUUACCGGGGUGGUUAUACGCAAUCCUGCUUUAAUACUGUUUGCAUCUGCAAAUGCUUUGGGUCGGACGUACAGCCUCAUUUCCAAUUAGUGUAUAUACUGCAUCUUCCUGAUGAAAUCCUAUAACUUUUUCUACCAGUGGUGGGGGAGAGGGUGUUCCCCUGCUUUUGUUGCAUUGUAGCACAAUAAUGCAAUAAGGCUGGAGAAGCCUCGCAGAACAGCUAGUAAAGCAGAAUGAUGUGUGGUCAGUCCAGUAUAAAUCUACCACUAAUGCACUAUUAUGU